GGAGCGGAGCGCGCAGCCGGACGGGCGGCGCGGGGCCGGCCAGCCCCCGGCAGCCUCCUGACACCCUCCGAGAGAGCCGGUGAGCACCCCCCGGGGCCCCCCGAGCAGCUCGGACAGCGUCCCCGAGCAUCCCGGCAGCGUCGCUCCAGCAUCCCGGGAGCAUCCUCCAAGUAUCUCGGUGAGCAAACGACGAGCGACCCCCGAGCACCCGCGUACUUCCCGGGCAGCAGAACGAAGAUCAUCCCCCCGGCAUCCCUCGAGUACCUCGGAGCUUCCUGACGCAGCCGGACAUCACCACUUCCCCAUGGCAGCCACGGCUCCAGCAUGAACUGUGGGCUGCCUGAGCCUGCCUUCCACCUGCCCUGAGCCCCCCGCACCAGUGCUGCUGGCAGGGAGUCCCAUCCCCGACCAUGGAGAAGACCUACUCAUUGACAGCACACUACGAUGAGUUUCAGGAAGUGAAGUACGUGAGCAAGUACCAGAGUGGGACCCUGCCCAAUGGCUUUGCCCUCCAGCUGGGCGCAGGGGCCAAGAAGCGCCGUGGGGGGCUGCCACGCUGGAGCCGCCGGGAGGUCUGUCUGCUCUCAGGGCUGGUCUUUGCUGCGGGGCUCUGCGUCAUCUUGACGUGCAUGUUGGUCCUCAAGUACCUGGCGGCCGAAGGGGACAGCUACUGCCUGGAGGGGUGCCAGGAGAAGAAGGCCUUCCUGAGGGCAUCCCGCUUCCUGAGCGCCAACAUGGAUGGGGGGGGGGGGGGGGGGGGGGGGGGGGGGGGGGGGGGGGGGGGGGGGGGGGGGCAGGACUUCUACUCCUUUGCCUGGGGUGGCUGGCUCCGGCGACACGGCAUCCCCGAGGACAAGCUGGUGUACGGCACCAUCGGGGCCAUCGCCGAGCAGAAUGAGGCCAAGCUGCGGGCGCUGCUGAGCCGCCCCGUGCGGCGCCGAGCCCGCGCCUCGGCAGAGAGGAAGGUCAAGGAGUUCUUCCGCUCGUGCCUGGACCGGGCUGAGAUCGAUCGGCUCGGCCCCCGGCCCAUGCUGGAGGUCAUUGGGGAGUGCGGUGGCUGGGAUGCCCCUCCGGACCGCAGGGACAUCAACGAGCUGCUCUACAAGACUCAGGGGGUCUACAGUGCUGCCGUGCUCUUCUCCCUCACCGUCAGCCUGGACGAGAGGAACACUUCCCGCUACGUCAUCCGGAUCGACCAGGACGGGCUGACCCUGCCCGAACGGACCCUCUACCUCGGGCAGGAUGAGGAGAGCGAGAAGAUCCUGGCUGCAUACCGAGUGUUCAUGGAGCGACUGCUCACCCUCCUGGGGGCUGAGCACGUGGAGCAGAAAGCCCAGGAGAUCCUGCAGCUGGAGCAGCACCUCGCCAAUAUUACAGUGUCCGAGUAUGAUGAUGUGCGAAGGGACGUCGGCAGCAUGUACCACAAAGUGACCCUGGCUGAGCUGCAGCGCAUCACCCCCACGCUCAAGUGGAAGCGCUUGCUGGACCGCAUCUUCCACGACAACUUCUCGGAGCAGGAGGAGGUGGUGCUGCUGGCCACCGACUACAUGCACAGGGUGUCCGACCUCAUCCGUGUGACACCCAGCAGGAUCCUUCACAACUACAUGCUGUGGCGCAUCGUGGUGGUGCUGAGCGAGCACCUCUCCACCCCCUUCCGCGAUGCCAUCCACGAGCUCUCCAAGGAGAUGGAGGGCAAUGAGAAGCAGCUCGAGCCGGGUAAGAUCUGCCUGAGCCAGGCCAACAAGCACUUUGGCAUGGCCCUGGGAGCCCUCUUCGUUGAGGAGCACUUCUCCUCUGCCAGCAAAGCCAAGGUGCAGCAGCUGGUGGAGGACAUCAAAUACAUCCUUGACCAGCGCCUGGAUGAGCUGGACUGGAUGGACGAGGAAACACGUAGAGCAGCCAGGGCCAAGCUCCGGUAUAUGAUGGUGAUGAUCGGGUACCCCGAUUUCCUCCUGAAGCCAGAGGCCAUCGACAAGGAAUAUGAGUUUGAGGUGGAUGAGAAGACCUACUUCAAGAACAUCCUCAACAGCAUCGCCUUCAGCAUCAGGCUCUCGGUGAAGAAGAUCCGGCAGGAGGUGGACAAGUCUGUGUGGCUGCUGCCUCCCCAGGCACUGAACGCCUACUACCUGCCCAACAAGAACCAGAUGGUGUUCCCUGCUGGCAUCCUGCAGCCCACCCUCUAUGACCCCGAGUUCCCGCAGUCACUGAACUAUGGUGGGAUUGGCACCAUCAUUGGGCACGAGCUGACCCAUGGCUACGAUGACUGGGGGGGACAGUACGACCGGCAUGGGAACCUGGUGCACUGGUGGACGGAGCGGUCGUACAGCAAGUUCCUGAAGAAGGCGCAGUGCAUCGUCAACCUCUACGACAACUUCACUGUCUACAACCAGAGGGUGAAUGGCAAACACACCCUGGGGGAGAACAUCGCUGACAUGGGGGGGCUCAAACUCGCCUACUACGCCUACCAGAAGUGGGUGCGGGAGCACGGCCCUGAGCACCCCCUGCACCACAUGAAAUACACACACGACCAGCUCUUCUUCAUCGCUUUUGCCCAGAACUGGUGCAUCAAGCGGCGAUCCCAGUCCAUCUACCUGCAGGUGCUGACAGACAAGCACGCCCCGGAGCACUACAGGGUCCUGGGCAGUGUCUCGCAGUUUGAGGAAUUUGGACGUGUCUUCCACUGCCCCAAGAACUCGCCCAUGAACCCGGUGCACAAGUGCUCGGUGUGGUGAGGCCGAUGCCCCUCCAGGAGCAGGCUGGGACCCUCCAUCCCCACCCCUGUGACACCCUGUGCCCACUCCCCAACUUCCCAUCUCCCCUUCCUAUUCUCCAGGUAAAGGGGGUGCCCUCAGGUGUCACAGGGGGUCGCCCCAAAGGCAGGAACCUGCCAUAGGGGUGUAGGCAGCAGAGACACUUGGGUUGGGCAGCUGCCUCCUGCCCAUCCCCCUCCUACCCACUGCCCUGCACACUGAGGGGUCCUCAUUCCCCAUGGAGGAACAAGGGCAUGCCCAGGCACACCUGUACCCCCUUUUCUGUCUAUCCAGCCCAAACCCUUCACCCAGCCCUACCACAUCCAUCCCAGUGUCACUCAAAGCAGGGAGAGGACUCCAAAAUUUCCAUGGGGGUGCCCCAUGCCAAAAGCCUCCCCUGCAUGGUGCCCUCCCUGGCAUUCCCCAUGCCAGUCUCCUCCUGUCCAUGCACCAGCCCUGCCAGGGUAGGGCACAGCGGCAGAGCCAGGGCUGGGCAAUGCCAGCCUGCCUGGGAGCGUGGGCACACGGACAUUGCUGUACUUUUCGCUGAUGUUUCUGGUCAA